CAGCAGUCCAGAACGUUGGGUCAGAAAAACAUUUGCAUUUUUUUGGAUGCCCGUGGGUGGGUGGUGUGUGUCGUGUGAGGGUUUUUGGAGUGUGAACGAACUGAAAGCAGCCGCCAAAAGUGGUCGCGUGUUUCGUCCGGACUCGACUCGACUCGUGGAUCGUGCACUGCAUUUUUGUUCUGUUCUCAAAAAGGUUCUAGACACACCCCCUUCACCAUCAUCAUCAACCCUCCAGUUCAAGGUUUCACUUUCUCCUCCAGUCGUCCUCCUGCUUUUUUUGCUUCUUUUGGACAAGACCUGCAGUGACCGACCGCAUUUUCUCACCAGGAAAACCGCCUCCUUUUCCGCCUUGCAUCAAUCAGUCCCGUCGGAUCUCCUCGAACCAGCGGCCAAGUGGAACUCUUAUCCUUUCAAAGGACCCUGAACUCCCAAGAGAAAGGCAACCAAUGAUGUUGAUGGGGUGACACUAGACGAUAACACAACACAUCAUCAUCAACCAAACCCCUUGGAGAUAUAAAACCUACCUAUCUAGGUAUACCUCGCUACAUUCCACCCUUAUCUGUACACUCUACAAUUUAUACAACCUACCUACAUCUCCCACCGGAACAGCGAUAUUCCUGUACAUACGGCAUCAACCAACCAACCAACCAACCAACCAACCCAACGCCCCUGAGGGAAACACAACAUACCCGUCCUCCCGUCCUCCCGUUGCCGUUGCCGAAUCUCGGGUACUCAUCUAUCUGUGCCUACCGCAUCCCUACUUCUACAGGUACCCAACCAAUCACCAUAUUCACCAACCAUGCGCGGCGACACCCCCCGCGACCUCGUCGACAGCCUCACAGACGGCAUCAAGGGCCUCGACGUGCGCGUGGUCGAGAACCCGGACAGCACCAUUGCCAAGCGGGCGCACUACGCGCCUCCGUGGGCCGAUGUCAGCAUCAUCGGCAUCGCUGGUAGUUCGGGGUCGGGCAAGUCGACGCUGUCGCAGGCGAUUGUGAAGAAGCUGAACCUGCCGUGGGUGGUGAUUUUGUCCAUCGACUCGUUCUACAAGAGUUUGGAUGCCGAGUCGAGCAGGAAGGCGUUUAUGAAUGAGUAUGAUUUUGAUUCGCCCGAGGCACUGGAUUUUGAUGUCCUGGUAGAUCGGUUGCAGGACCUCAAGGCUGGCAAGCGUGCAGAGAUUCCGGUUUACUCGUUUGAGAAACAUGCUCGUCUCGACCGGACUACCGCCAUUUACUCGCCACACGUCCUCAUUCUUGAGGGUAUCUUUGCUCUCUACGAUCCUCGAGUUCUUGAACUGCUGGAUAUGAAGAUCUUCUGUGAGGCUGAUGCCGACACUUGCCUUUCCCGAAGAAUUUUGCGUGAUGUGAAGGAUCGUGGUCGCGACGUUGAUGGCAUCAUCAAGCAAUGGUUCAACUAUGUCAAGCCCAACUUUGAAAAGUUUGUCGACCCCCAAAGAAAGGUGGCCGACAUUAUCGUCCCCCGCGGUGUCGAGAACCACGUGGCUAUGACCAUGGUAACCCAAUUCAUCCAACAAAAACUGCUCGAAAAGUCCAAACGCCACCGCGCCGCCCUGACCCGGUUGGAAUCGCAAGCGCGCCACCAGCCCUUAUCCAACAAGGUCGUCCAGCUCGACCAGACCCCGCAGCUGCGCGGCAUGAACACGCUCAUCCACGACAUCGACACGUCCAAGGAGGACUUUAUCUUUUACUUCAACCGCUUCACGACCUUACUGAUCGAAAAGGCCAUGGACAACAUCCCCUUUGCAUCCACCACCAUCACGACCCCGCUCAACCGCGAAUACGCCGGUCUGCGACCGCGAGGCCAAGUCUCGGCCGUGGUCGUGCUGCGCGGCGGCGCCGCUCUGGAGGCCGGACUGAAACGGGUGUUGCCCGACUGCAAGACGGGCCGGGUGCUGAUCCAGAGUAACAUGCGCACGGGCGAACCGGAACUGCAUUACCUGGCGCUGCCCAAGGACAUUGACCAGCACGAGGCGGUGUUGCUGCUGGAUGCGCAGAUGAGCAGUGGCGGAUCGGCGCUGAUGGCGGUGCAGGUCCUGGUGGAUCACGGCGUCAAGAUGGACCGGAUUGUGCUGGCGACGUAUAGCGCGGGCAGGUUGGGGCUGCAUAGGCUGACGACGGUGUUUCCGGAGGUGACGGUGGUGGUGGGGAAUGUGAUUCAGGAUGUGGAGGAGCGGUGGGUGGAAAAGAGGUAUUUCAGGUGUUAAAAGAAGAAGAAGAAGAAGAAGAAGAAGAAGAAGAAGAAGAGAUGGUGAUGGUCAUUGAUGAUGGAAGUUGUUUGCAUAGUUCUUUUGUCACAUACUAGGUGUUGUUGUUGUUGUUGUAGCAUGGAUCUGGCGUAUAUGGAAUGAAUGGAGUCUAGUAGGCUGUUCUGUCAAGGUUGAUGAUCUUGGUAGUGGUAGUGGAUAUGACAGCGAGAUCAUCCUCAUGCUUUACAC